AUAUUCUUUGACGGUCUUUCUAUUAAGGCGAAGGGGUUGGCCGCCUGACUCCUGGAAUUCCACUUCUUCGAGAUCCAUUGAUCUGACAGAGAACAGAGGAGAAGAAAAGACAGUGAUCGCUCGUCGACAUGAGGAGGUGUCGUCGCGCUCCCUGUUAGGUUUCUUCCCUUUCCGAUUCUUCCUUCGUCCCUAGUUCUUUCUUCCUCUUCAUGGCGUCUGGGUUCCCCGGGCGUGAGCUCGGCUUGGGGGGCAACGGAGAAGGAAACCUCUUGAAGCGCACGCUCUUGGACAUGGAGAGGCAGCAGAUGCAGCACGCGAUUUUGCUGCGGUCGGUGAGGCAAAGAACUCAGGCCGUGCCUUCCGUCUCCAUGUUCGACCCCGUUGUCGGUGGCCUUAGCUGCAACUCGUCCGCCGCUGCCGCGCCCGAACGCAUGGGCUCAUCCCUGUCGUCCGUCGAUUGUUCCGAGCCUGGGUUCACGGCGAGAACCGGGUUGCCGCCCCCCGUGUCGGCGACCGCGACGGUGAACUUGCCGGCUCCAGAGAGUAGGUCUUCCGGCUCGAUGCGGGACCAGCUCCGGGAGCUGGAGCGGCGGCUCCUGCUGGACGACGAGGAGGAGGCCGAGGCCAGCGCGCCUUCGGGCUCCGCCGUCACCCACGCCGAGUGGGGCGAGGCGAUCCAGCGGCUCAUCUCGCCGCCGCCGCCGCUGCUCCCGACGGCGGUAAGCCGCCUCUCGCCGUCGCCGACCGACUCGUCUUCCUCCACGGUCUCUUUCGCCUCCUGCUCCCCUCCCUCCUCCUUGCCCUCCCCUCCUCCGUCGAGACAGAUGCUUCUUGACACCGCUACCGCACUCGGCGAAGGGAAUCUGGAGGCUGUGAGGGCGAAUCUCGCUGUGCUCAAGCGUGCGGCUGACCCUCGCGGUGACCCCGAGCAUCGCCUCAUGGCGGUGAUGAUUGCGGCGCUUCUCUCUCGCCUCAAUCAUCCGCAGGUGGGAAGCUCCCACCCGAUCACGGACCUUCGCAGCCCGGAGCACUUCAUGGCCACCCAGAUGCUCUACGAUCUGUCGCCCUGCUUCAAGCUCGGAUUCGUUGCCGCCAGUUCCGCGAUCUUGGAGGCCACGAAGGAGGAGUCCAAGAUUCACAUCGUCGACUUUGAAGUCGGGCAGGGCGGGCAAUACGACGCUCUCCUCCUCGCCCUCGCCAAGCGCCGCUGCCCUCCUGCCGUCAGGAUUACCGCCGUCGCUGACCCGUCCUCCCCGUUCACCAACAUUAACAUUGGCGAUACGAGGGCGGUCGGGGACCGGAUAAAAAAUCUUGCGGAGCGGGCAGGCGUAAGGCUCCGGUUCAGAGUCGUCUCCCUCCGGGCAGCAGAGCUGGACGCAGCGUCGCUCGGGUGCGAGCCCGGGGAGGAGGCCCUGAUCGUCAACCUCCCGUUCGUCCUCUCGCGGGUGCCCGACGAGAGCGUCUCCCUGGACAACCCCCGCGACGAGCUCCUCCGGCGCGUGCGCGCCCUCCGGCCUCGCCUGGUGGCGCUCGCAGAGCAGGAAAUCAACACCAACACGGCGGCGUUCCCUGCCCGGCUCGCGGAGGCGUGCGGGCACUACGGGGCGCUGCUGGAGUCGUUGGAGGCGGCGGCGCGGGGGAGCCCGGAUCGGGGGUGGGCGGAGGCCGGUCUGGCGCGGCGGGCGGUGAACGCGGUGGCGAGGGAGGGGGCGGAGCGGGUGGAGCGGUGCGAGGUGUUCGGUAAGUGGCGAGAGCGGAUGAGCAUGGCCGGGUUCCAGCCAGUCCCGCUGGGGCCGGCCGUCGUCGAACUCGUGAAAGCCUGCGUCGCGUCCACCUGCUCCGACCCGGGUUUCACCGUCAAGGAGGAGGCCGGCGGACUCGCCCUCGGGUUGGGUUGGAUGGGCCGAGUGCUCACCGUCGCAUCCGCAUGGCGUUAAGCGGAAUCUAUCAAACACUAAUGAUAUAAAUUAUUAUGAUCGUUACGGAGAUAUUACCAACGAUAUUUCUCCUGUUAUUUUGGUGAUAAUUAUGAUCCCCAUUCACUCA